GCAGGACCAACAAAGCUUCCGCCAUGGCAGAGCUACACGCCGCCAAUGCCAUCAGGGAGACAGCUGUGACGGCAAUCAAUGCAGCAGCCGCUGCUGCGAAGAACAUAGCCAACGCAGAGGAGGUAGUGGACGAAGAUUUGGACAACAUUAUGGGUGAGGAGUCUCCAGCGUCUCUUCUACUCAUGCAGAUGUCUGAGAAUGGCGCCAGAAGCACGCCUGCAGUUGCCACGCCUGCCACCGGAGGCCCUUCGCAGUCGGCGUCCACCGAUGGGGCCAAUGGGUCCGGUCGCACGAGGUCACCACCACCACCUAGGGCAAGAACUGCGGCACUGCGAGGAAAGAAGAAAACUCGCGAUGGGGACGUGGCCGCCUUCUUGCAGCAGCGCAGUCAUCAGGAGCGAGCCAUUCGAGAGAGGGAGCUCGAUAUAGAAGAGCGGAGACUCGCUCUAGAUGAAAAACGGCUGGAGUUCGAGCGUGAACGAUUUGCCGAGGAAGCCCAGGCGAGAGCCGAGGAAAGGCGCGAGCUCUCCGAACAGCGACGGAUCAUGUUCGAGUUCCUGCUCGCUCAGGACAAAAGGAGUUGAAGAUUUGUGGCUCUACUUCCAAUAAAGGGA